UCCGAAUCCGCUCUUGUUAUGAAAACGGAGUCGACGUGAACGAGAAACCAAAACACAGAAGACGUCGUGUUUUAGCAAAUUUCCUUCGCAAGCCACAUGAUUCUCUCUGAUUGGGUCUUCUAUAUGAAACAUCAUCGAUAAGAUCAUAAUGUCUGUUACAACCAAAAAGAAACAUGUAGAACGUGAGUUGUACGAGGACUAUUCUCUGCCGGAAGAACACCAAUCCAUUGUGAAGGUUGUAAGACCACGAGGCAAUAAUUUACACCAGGUGACCACACCAGAUGGGGAGGAGUUCCUAGUCUCCAUGCCACACAAGUUCCGCAAACAUGUGUGGAUCAAGCGAGGUGACUAUGUAGUGACAGAGCCCAUCCCGGAGGGCAACAAAGUGAGGGCUGAAAUUGUCCGCAUUUUGAUGAAGGACCACAUCCGGUACAUAGUGCAAAACAACAAGUGGCCAGCAGGCUUUUCAGAGCAUGAAGAUGAGGAGAAAGAUGAGAAGGAGGCAAGCAAAGAACUUGAGAGAAUAAAGCUGAAAGAUGAUGUCGAAAGUGAUGAAGAAAGUGGAGAUGAUGACGAUGAUGAUGAUGAUCUUUUAAUGGAAAAUCCAAAUAGACCUGUGGUAUAUGUUGAGGAAACAGAUUCUAGUGAGGAUGAGAGUGAAGAAGACAAGACUAGUGGAAGUGAAGAAGAAAGUGAGUAAUGUGUUCUCCUCAAGUACUUUGUGGCAAACAUUAUAAAUGACUCUUCUUGGAACUAUAUGUAUGGCUAUAUUAGGCCCCAAGUUGCAGCAUUCUUUGAAACUUUUUAUGGUUAAUAGUUCUGGAAAUUUUUAUGGAAAAUGUUAUUUCUGUCAAUCUCUUGUUCUGCCCAAUAUGUGUUUAUGGACCUUAACCCACCCACGAUGGUCCGUUUGGAGGGUGAUAAUCCUCAUUUCCGGGUGGUAUCAAAAUCAGCACACAGGCCAAUCCAGGAAUCUGUCUGUGUGCCGCCCGCCUCGGGCGACAAAAAGUGCAAGAGUGCAAGCUCCGAUCUAGCAUUGCACCGGUGGGACACCUGGACAUGGUCCUUAUUCCAGAAGUCACGUAUAUGUGACACCCGUCGCAAGUGGGUUAAGAAUUUACUUAAAUGUAGUGCUUAUUCAGUUAAUCCAUAUUGGAGAACUGUCUUUUGUAAUCUGAAUACCCCAGGAACAUACAAAGUUUAUAUUGCUUUUAACCCAGUGCCACCGGGGAUGACAUGUACGUACAUGUCGUACCCAAAGUGAGUUCAAUAUCUUAAUUGUAUGUACACAUAGUUGUCUCCACAAGUGCUUAGUCACCGAGGAGUCAGUUACUCAUCUUACUUAUCUCACCUGCUUAGCCUUUUCCUUGAUUCUUCAGAAAUGUUCUUUUUAAUUUUAUAUUGCUUUUUGUAUUCUUAAAAACACUAAUAAUUACAUCACCAGUAUUGAUAACAACAUCAAUAUUAAUAGCACUAGAAAAAAAUCCCCAAAGCUCAAGGAAGAGAGAAAUCAGGUCAGGUCAUGUAGGUCAACUGAUGUACUCCUCGGUCACUUGUGGAGCCGUGUGUGUAAAAACAUUUCAGAAAAUAAUACUGCAGGAAACAUUGCAUGUUCCUGGCAGCUUUGGGUUGAGUAGCCAUUAUUUUCAGAUUACAGAAAAAGUGUUUUGAUGUUUUUGUACGGAAGAAAUUUGUACUGUUAUCAGAAUUAUGCAAUAUUAUAUCUUUCGAACUAUAGCAGAGAAGUGAAUAACUUUUAGGUUACAUUUUAUUAUGUUGAACAUAUUCUAGGCAGAAAGUUUACCUUUGUGGAGAUAAUGCCUUUGUUUAAAGGAUGUAAAAGGAUUAUUAUUAUGGAAAUUCCACACAUGCUGUGUCACUACUCUCUUUGGACUGCGUGUGUUUGGUUACUUUUCUUGUGACUGUGAAGCUCCAUAGGUUCCAUAACAAACGCAAGUAAGUUAGAGACUAGGAAAAUAAUCCCCCCCCCCCUUUUGAACACAAAAGUUGUGACUGCUGCAUCCUAUCUGUAUUGUGUGACUCAGAUCAUCUAGUUAUUGCAAAUAGGAAGUUUGAAAUAUAUCUUUUAUAUUCAGAAAACAGAAUAACACUCAAUAAAAGAAAAAAAGAAUCCAUAUUAGUUUCCUUAUAUUGUCUUUCAUGUCAGACUGAAAUGUUGUCACUGUCUCUCAUACUUCGUGACUAAUAUAGGAGCAAAUGUGAAAUUCCAGGUAGCGAAGUUAAUUAUUUGACAUUUUUUUGCAAUCUUGACCAGAAAAUAAUUUUGUGAUUAAGGUUGUAUUAAAAACAUCAACUAUAAUACACUUUUGAGGAAGACUGAAAAAUGAAAACGUUUAGCCUCCAAAGCAUGGCAGGCGGACCAGGCAUUCUCAGUGACAAUGCUGGACUGAGUGGUCUUUUCAUUUCCCCUCAUCACCAAUUUCUUUAUUCUGUGAGGUGCAUUUUUUUCAUUUUUCUUUUAUUCAUUCACUUAUUUUUAUUAUUAUUGAUAUUCCCAUACUGAUACAGAAUGGUUGUAACCAUGCACAAAAAAUUUGGUGUAUGACAAAUUUGGUUGGGUAUAUUGAGUACAUUAUGAGUAUUCAAGUAAGAACAGCCUUAAAACUAAAGUUUACAAAAGUAAUUUGAAAUAGGAUUUGCAGCAUAUGAUAAUAGCAGGGCAUCUCUAUGAACCAAUAUUUCUCAUUAAUUUAAAAUUCAAGAAGCUAUUGAUUUUGCUCAAGUUUUUACUGAAAGUAAAAUAAGUAACAUUUAAAGUUUCUGAAAUCCAUUUCAGAUUCACUAUUAGGCCUUUAUAAUAAUAAAUGCACUUGUAAAUUUUCUUUAACCUUUAUUAAAAACUUUUUUCCGUUUUUACAGUAACCCUAGCACAUUAUGAUAAAAACACACUGGUGCACACCUGCUGAUACACACGCACACACAUACACACAGGAACAGGAGACAGACCCAGUCUGUAUAGCACCCACACCUGCUACGGCCAAUCAUAAGUGAAUUCCAUGUUCUGGCUGAAAGUUUAAUAAAGGAAUACCUACA